AUGUCUUAAUAUUCAUAUUCCUAAUCCCUGAAGAUUAUGUUGAUACCAUACGUAAUCAUUGGAAUAUUAUGGUAAUAUUCUAUCCCUUAUUAAAAGGUAUCCAUUGACUGUGAUGAUUGAGUAACAUUACGAUUCAAUUUUGAUUUCAUAAUUUCUUGUGAUUCAAAUAACAACAGCCUUCUUAUUUUUGAUAGGCCUCUAUUAUAAGUAUUUGAUUUGAUUGAGAGUAGCAAUACAUCAAUUUAUGAUAUUUAUUGGAAAGUGGCUCCAAUGUUUUUUGUAACAUAUUGGUCGAAGGGUUCUGGAAACAUAAUUCUGCCUUUCCUUGUAUUCUUCUACUGCAUCAAACAAAAUUACACAUAUUUUAGAUUCUGGCCAGGUAUUUAUUUAGAUCAUAGAAAUAAUUAAGGUUUAUAAUAUGAAGAUUAUAGAAAUGUGGAAGUCAAAAAAUAAUUUCCAAAUCCUUUUGUUUUCUGGCCAAUUAUUUAUUUUGGCUUUGAAAUUGUACCCUCGAUAAUGAUCUUUUUCGGUCAUUUGCCACUCUAUUAUGUGUUCACCUCAUAAAACCCAUGUUAUUUUUUUUAUAAUUUUUCAAUCAUCUUUACAAUUUCAGCAAUUUCAAUUGAAUUAAUAGGUAAAUGAGAAUAUAUUAUUGUUAGCUGACUACCAGCUCUUUCCUUAUAGGUCUAAAUAGCUUAAGGGUGAUUGUGAUGUUGGACUAUGGAGAUAUUCCAGACAUCCAAAUUAUUUUGGAGAAUGUAUGUAUUGGUGGGGACAAUACUUAUGUCAAUUGUCAUUUGGGUUUGAAAAUGCUUGGACCAUAGUGGGAGCUGGAGCAAUUUAAGCAUUAUUUUCAUUUUAUUCGAUACCAGAUAUGGAAAGUCAUUUGUUAAAGAAGAGAAAGAGCUAUUAAAAUUAUCAAAGGAAGGUUGUUAGUUCAUUUGUGCCUUGGUUUAGAAAGGAGAAUUGA